AAAUUCCUCUACCUUGCUCUCCCAGUGUUAAAUACAAGCAUGCAACUCCCUUCUCAAUUGUGACAAGCCAAAAAGCCUAGUAAACUAUCUACCUUACAAGAAAUGGGAGAGAUUCAACCCAAACCACAUGCCCUCCUGUUGCCUUAUCCUCUCCAAGGCCAUGUCAUACCUUUCAUUCACCUAGCCACAAAACUUGCAUCAAAUGGCUUCAUCAUCACCUUUGUUAUUACAGAAUCGAUACACCACCAAAUAACGAGAUCCAAAAACCAAACCAACCACUACAAAGAAGGCGGCAUCAACAUCUUCGCCGAAGCACGAAAAUCAGGGCUGGACAUAAGAUAUGCAACUGUGAGUGAUGGAUUUCCACUUGGAUUUGAUAGAUCACUCAACCAUGAUCAGUUCUUUGAAGGAAUUGUUCAUGUUUUCUCAGCUCAUGUCGAUGAAAUUGUGGGGAAGUUGGUUCAGUCUGACCCUCCAGUUAAUUGUCUGGUUAUUGAUACUUUUUACGUAUUUGCAUCACCAAUUGCCAGGAAGUAUAACCUUGUGAACAUUUCUUUCUGGACUGAACCAGCUCUAGUUUUCACUCUCUAUUAUCACAUGGACCUAUUGAGGAUAAAUGGUCACUACGAUAACUAUGAUAAACGAGAGGACAUCAUCACAUACAUACCAGGGGUGGAGUCAAUAAAGCCAACCGAUCUGACAUCUUAUCUUCAAACUGAUCCAACCACAGUGGUGCACCGGUUAAUCACCAAAGCAUUUGUGGAUAUUCGAAAUUCGGACUUUGUAAUAUCCAACACUAUAGAUGAACUCGAACCACAAAUAAUCUCGGUUCUACGAGAAAAUCAACCUUUCUAUUCAAUCGGACCAAUUUUACCCACCGGUUUGACCAAAAGUUCGGUUCCGGUGAGCAUGUGGUCCGAGUCGGACUGUGGCCCGUGGCUCGAUACAAAGCCUAAGGGCUCGGUUUUGUAUAUUUCCUUUGGCAGCUAUGCUCAUACUAGUAAACAUAACAUUGUGGAGAUAGCUCAUGGUUUGCUUUUAAGUGAGGUAAAUUUUGUUUGGGUUCUUCGGCCUGAUAUUAUAAGCUCAGAGGAAACCGAUUAUCUUCCAACCGGAUAUGACCGAUUGAUAGAAUAUAGUGGCAUGAUCGUGCCAUGGUGCUCGCAAGUUGAUGUGCUUUCUCAUCCAGCAGUCGGAGGGUUUUUAACGCAUUGUGGAUGGAACUCUAUAUUGGAGAGUAUAUGGUCUGGUGUUCCAAUGAUUUGUUAUCCAUUAUUGACCGAUCAAUUCACAAAUCGCAAAUUAGUGGUGGAUGACUGGAAAAUUGGGGUUAAUUUACACGAUAAAAGGUCGGUUACACGCGAAGAGAUUGCUGAGAAUAUUAGAUGUGUGAUGAGUGGGAAAUCUUCAGAUCGAUUUAAGCAAGAGAUCAAGAAAGUUAAGAAGACAUUGGAAAAUGCAUUAGCAAGGGGUGGUUCGUCACAGAAAAAUCUGAACCAGUUUACUAUGGAUGUGAAAAAGAAAAUUCGAAAGAAUCAAUAGUGGUUUGCUAUCAAGUUUGAAGAUCAAUCUUGAUUUGUUUAGCAUAGGAAUAAGGAGUCAAAAUUCGCCACUCCGACUUCCCAUUUAGUUUCUUGAACGGGUAUCCUUUGUAUUGAGUUUGUCAGGUCACUAUUUCAAAUUAGUAGUUUAUUUGGCGCAAA